GUCUUCGGGAAGAGAUAGAUAGAGAGAGAGAGAGACCCAAUCUCAUUUGAGUUUUUCGGAUAACAACUGCGAAGAAGAAAAUAAGCAGAAAGAAAAGUCGCACAGAACAGAAAAACCACAAAAGCUUAAAAAAAGAAAAGAAAAAAAGAAGUCACUGGUUCCACACGUUUUCCAUGAUGAUUACUUAAACUUGCAGUUAAUUUAGGGGCAAUUUAACUGCAGUUGUUGGAUCAUAAGACCUGGUGUGUGAAAAAGUCAUGGCAGAGGGCACAGAAAUUGAGGAACGAGUGGAUCUUGAAGAAGACAAUUAUAUGGAAGAGAUAGACGAUGAUGUUGAAGAUCAACUAGAUGAGGAUGGAGAAGAUGAUGCUGGUGAUCCACAUGCUGAAGAAAAUGUUGAAGAGGAGUAUGAGGACUCAAAAACUGAGGGCAGUCAGAAAGAUCAAUCUCCAGAGGCAGAUAGAAUCGUUGCCAACACUGAACCUGCAGAAGACGAACAAAAGCCCCCUGCUUCUGUUAAUGAAGAGGAAAAAGAGAAGCAUGCUCAACUUCUUGCCCUUCCUCCCCAUGGUUCUGAAGUUUUCAUCGGUGGUCUUCCCAGGGAUGUGAUUGAAGAUGAAUUGAGGGAUCUUUGUGAACCAAUAGGCGAAAUUUUUGAGAUAAGGCUAAUGAAAGAUAAAGACUCUGGUGAAAGCAAGGGUUUUGCUUUUGUAGCUUUCAAAUCAAAAGAGGUUGCUCGAAAGGCCAUUGAAGAGCUUCAUAGUAAAGACUACAAGGGAAAAACCUUAAGGUGUUCAAUAUCCGAAACUAAAAAUAGACUGUUUAUUGGUAAUGUUCCAAAGAACUUGACGGAGGAUGAAUUUAGAAAGAUAAUCGAGGAGGUUGGUCCUGGGGUGGAAGUUAUCGAGCUUAUAAAGGAUCCUCAAACUCCUACUCGUAAUCGUGGUUUUGCUUUUAUAUUGUACUACAAUAAUGCCUGUGCUGAUUAUUCAAGGCAGAAAAUGUUAAAUGCCAAUUUUAAGCUUGAUGGCCAUACCCCAACUGUCAGCUGGGCUGAUCCAAAGGGCACACCUCCUGAUCAUUCUGCUGCUUCUUCCCAGGUUAAGGCUCUGUAUGUGAAAAACAUACCUGAGAACACAUCUACUGAGCAGCUGAAGGGACUAUUCCAGCGCCAUGGGGACGUGACAAAAGUUGUCAUGCCACCUGGCAAAGCUGGAAAACGAGAUUUUGGGUUCAUUCACUAUGCUGAAAGGUCAAGUGCAUUGAAGGCGGUCAGAGAUGCAGAGAAGUAUGAAAUUGAUGGUCAGGUGUUGGAAGUUGUCCUUGCUAAGCCUCAGGCUGAUAAAAAACCUGAUGCUGCCUAUCCUUACAAUGCUGGGGUUCAUCCAAACCCUGUUCCCCUUCCUGCAUAUAGUGGAUUUGCUGGUAAUCCAUAUGGCUCUUUGGGAACUGGAUUUGGUGUUGCUUCCAGUUUUCAGCAGCCAGUAAUAUAUGGUAGGGGUCCCAUGCCAGCAGGGAUGCAUAUGGUGCCAAUGGUUUUACCAGAUGGUCGAAUUGGCUAUGUCCUUCAGCAGCCUGGAGUACAGAUGCCACAGCCUCGGCCUCGAAGAGUUGAUCGGAACAAUGGUCCAAGUGGGCCUGGGCGAGCUGGUAAUAGUAGCGAUGAUGGCAAUCGGGGAAGAAGGUACCGGCCUUAUUAGUUGGAGGUGUAUUGAUGUGUUGUAGUUUUUUCGGGGAAUUGAGAAUCAUUGUAGUUGGAUGAUUUGUUCUGCUGAACAAAUAAUAGAGCUAUCACCUAUUCCCUUUUGAUCCACCUCACAACUCCCCAGAAUUUUAAAAAAGAAAAAAGAAACAAAAAAUUGGAAGUAGAAGGAUGUUAGAAUAGGCCUGAAGUAUUGUGACUUUGAUGUGGUAGGAGACGGUUGACGGUUAAUUGCUGUUUUAUUUGUUGGCAUUGUUUUAUGGUACCCAGCAAGCCACUUUUUCA